AUGGCAGACGCCAUGGCCGAUAUCCUAGCCAUGGAUGAUCCUGAUAUUAUUCGGGACGAACUAGCCCUUUAUGAAGGGAUGCUAGCUAGUCUGCAAGAGGAUUCUUCAUCUGGAUCUGAUCCAGAAACACAAGUCGCCUUGCGUGACACUCGCCUUAGGCUCGACGCUCUUCGCAGACAACUUCGUUCCAUCACCACUGCCCAGAACCCAGAUUCCACAGAAAUGCCGAUCAGAGAACACCUUCACAACAACGGUUUGCCUGUGGGCAGUUCAUCCCCGAGCAGUGCUUCGCGGAUCUCUCCUUCAAACUCCUCCGAUCUAUCAACAGGCCCCCGUCACCAACGCCCUAAGGAGAUGACGAGAGGAAAACGCGAGAGACCACACCUCUUCGAGGAGAGUCGCCGACAUUCCAAAUCUCGCCGUACCUCUCCAUCCCCUAGUUCCCACCCCUCUCCAUCCCUCUCAACCACUUCUCUUGAGAGCCUGGAUUUUGAUAAUCCCACCUUGACCGCGAUCUUUCGAAACAACCCUGACCGUGCCGCCCGAGAGCAAGAAGCCUUGGCACAAAUUCAUGAGCGCCGGCAACAGGAGGAGAGAGAUGCGGAAUUUGCUCUUGAGCUCUCUCGGGAUUUGGCCUCCGGCUCGCCAUCCAUCACUAACCCGCCAUCAGUCCCCUCCGAGUCCUCUCAAUCGUUGCUCCGUACAGACGGCACCAUCAAUCGGCAGAGAAACAGUAGAGCAGAUAUCUCCCCUAAGGUGGAGCAUGCUUCAAUCAAUAGCGCCAGGAACGCAGAACCGACUUCUUCUUUUCUCCCUUCAUCUUCGAGAGGUUCUAGGGGACUUCAAUCAGGAGGUCCGUCAACAGCCAUCAAUGCCGACGGCAACACGUUCGAUUCGAUCAAGGGCCAGCCAGCUAUCGUUCCCUCGACGAGCCGCUUCCAUUCUCAACGCCCAUCCGGUCCUCAGCCAUCGAGACGGCCUGGUAGCUAUGCAGAAUCUGACAACAGUGACUCGUCUCUGGAAGAAAUUCCACAGGCCGAUUUUGUUUCACGACAGCAACCAUCUUCAUUUUCACAGUCUCCUCGUUUUCCUCACCAAACUCGGUCGUAUUCGUGGCUUAACACGGGUCAACCUGGUUUCGGCAUGCCUGGGGCAUUCCCUGGUACCACACCCGCCAUGAGCGUUGCGGGCUCUUCAGUCUACAACUCCAGACCCUCUACCGGGCCCACCUCUGCUCUCGGAAGCGUUGCGGGCUCUUCAGUCUACAACACCAGACCCUCCAUCGGACCCACCUCCGCCCUGGGAAACAUAGCUUCUAGCCUGCAGCGAGUUCCGCUGUCGCAGUACAAACCAACAGUUCCCCUUUACUCAGCUAAUGUCGCUGAGAGGAUGAGAGACUAUGAUCCAACAGAAGAGGUGAAAGGCCUGCUCGAGAAUAUUCGUCCCGAUGAAGCAAUUGAAAAACCAGAGACAAUCCAACCUCCACCUGGCCUCAAAGCCGUUCUCAUGCCUCAUCAGCUCAAAGGCCUCGCAUGGAUGAGAAAGAUGGAAGAAAGCACCAACAAAGGUGGCAUCCUCGCCGACGAUAUGGGUCUUGGUAAAACGAUUCAAAGCAUUGCCUUGAUUCUUGACCGCCCUCCCCCGGAAAACAGUCAUCGUCCUUCGUUGAUUGUUGCUCCAGUCGCCCUAUUGCUACAAUGGCAACGAGAGUUUGAGAAGAUGGUCAAACCUAGCCAUCGACUCAAAAUCCUCAUCUACCAUGGGGCGUCGAGAAAUGUGGCAUGGGCGGACCUGAAGAGCUAUGACGUCGUUCUAACCACCUAUGGCACUUUGGUGACUGAGUGCAAACGUCUUGUUGCCUGGCACGAAAAAUUGAAAAUGGUACCUGAUGCCGUUCCCACGCCUGCAGAGGAGUGCUCAAUCCUAGGUGACAAAUCACGCUUUCAUCGUAUUAUCUUGGACGAGGCCCAAAAUAUCAAGAACAGAAAUGCCAAGGGGGCCCUGGCGGCUUUUCGCCUCAUCAGCGACUACAAAUGGGCCUUGACAGGGACGCCGAUGAUGAACGGGCCAAAAGAACUUUACAGCCUCAUCAAAUUCCUCGGAAUCAAGCCUUACUGUGACUGGAACAAGUUCGACAGAGAUAUCGCCCGCCCGUUGACACCAAAAAAGUCGGGGUUCCGAAUUAACGACUCUUUCAAAGUUAAGGCUAUGAGAUGCCUCCAGGCGCUUCUUCGUGCGGUCUUGCUUCGUCGUACCAAACAAUCCAAGAUUAAUGGCAAGCCCAUCUUGCAGCUUCCUCCAAAACACACCACUGUGGAGAGAGUGGCUUUCAAUGCAGACGAACUGGCAUUUUACCAGGCAUUGGAGAAGAAAGCCCAGGUUCAGUUCAACAGAUACGUCGCGAAUGGCAGUGGCGGCAUUGGUCAAAAUUAUUCCAAUAUGCUGGUGCUCCUUCUCCGUCUUCGUCAAGCCUGCUGUCAUCCGCGCUUGGUCGUAGAUAGCUCGGAGUUCAUGGUUCAAUUGGCUGGAAGCCUUAGUCCCCCAGAUCUCAAGGCCAAUGCUGCCGCACUCGAUCCGAAAGUGGUCUCCAGGUUGAAAGCCUUGGAAGCUUUCGAGUGUCCGAUAUGCAUGGAUGCUUCGGAGAAUCCCGCGAUCUUCCCGUGUGGGCAUGCCCUCUGCAACGACUGUCUCAGCAGGCUGGUCGAACAGGUAUCCAAUACUGAGGAAGAUGGUCGACCUGUUGUUCCCAAGUGUCCUCAUUGCCGUUCGCCGAUCGACUCUCGAAAGAUUACUGAUGUCAUCAGCUUUUUGCGAGUCCAUGAUCCCGAUCGUGAGGGCCUACCCUCUCGAGAGGAGGACGACGAUGACGACGACGACGACGACACGGAUACAGACUCUGAUGCAGAUAGCUCGGACGAAGGGGAUGAUCUUAGUGGGUUCGUUGUCCAUGACGAUUUUAUCGAAGAUUCUGCAUCUGAUGCAACUGCAAAUGCCGAUAGGAAGCAGAAGGGCAAGGAGUCAAAGAAGUCAAGGAAGUCAAAGAAGCGAAAGUCCCAGUCGGCCAAGCCUGGCGGUCCUCAGAAGAGCCUGGCGGUCCUUCGUAAGGAAGGCCUUAAGAACAAGGCGGCCAAAAAAAAGUACAUCCGACGUCUUCGCAAAACCUUUCAACCCUCGGCCAAAACCACCAAAACGAUGGAGAUUUUGCAAGAGAUCAGAGCUCGUGGGAACAAAGAGAAAACGAUCAUCUUCUCCAACUUUACGUCCUUGCUUGAUCUGUUGGAAGUUGCCUUGAGUGAUUAUCCCGAAUUUGGUGGCUAUGGACGAUAUGAUGGAUCUAUGUCUUCAGACAGUCGGAAUGCAGCGGUGCUCGAAUUCACUGACAACCCCGAUUGCCUUGUCAUCCUUGUUAGUCUCAGGGCUGGCAAUGCAGGUCUCAACCUGACGGCUGCAAAUCAUGUCAUCAUGAUGGACCCUUUUUGGAAUCCAUUUGUGGAAUUCCAGGCCGCAGAUCGUUGCUACAGAAUUGGUCAAGUACGGGAGGUGACAGUCCAUCGCGUCUUGAUUAGCGACGAAGGCUUUAUGGGAUUCGAUCCUGAAACAGGCGCUACGGUGGAGGAUCGUAUCUUGGCUUUACAAGAGCGUAAACGAGCGAUUGUGGAGACUGCUCUGGACGAAAAGGCUGGUUCUAGCUUGGCCAGACUUGGAGUCCGAGAACUGGGAUAUCUGUUCGGCCUGAACAGCAUGGGAUGAUUGCUUUCUUGAAUUCGAGUCAUGGAUGUUGACUCUAUUUAGGAUCAGCAUGCGAAAAGAAUGACGAAAAAAUUGAAUGUGUUAUGACAGCCACACAUUCUCGGUUUCGAAUGGUGUCGAAUGGUGCGAUGUACCCGCCGUA